AUGAAUUCUACUCCAUUUCGAUUAGUUUCCGUGCCUUUAACGGAUAGGGAACCUUUCAAGCUUGGUGCUCAUAUUAUUCAAUAUGGUGGUUCAGGUGAAUUCACGUCGUUUGCUAUAAUAUCUCAUCCUGCAUCACUUCUUAUUGCUUACACUAAUACGCAACAUUUAACUGUAUUUAGUGAUACAAAAGCUCCGCUCAAAUAUGUUGAUCCAAAUGAUCAUAAAAGAGUUGUAGGACAACCACCAUAUGGUGUACUGGCUAUUUAUAGAUUAGAAAUCAAUCUACAACAGUGA